AUGCUAGUCCGUGUUGAUGCUGCUAUCAAGGUAAAACGUCGAAUUGAGUUCCGGAAUGAAAAGAUAAUGUUCCAUCAAGUGAAUGCAAGACCACAUGUAUUCCCCGGCUGGACUCUGUACGGACUACAAUGGGCUCCUUUGCCACACCCAACAUAUAGCCUCGACAUCGCUCUUUCGGACUUCUACCUUUUCUCACACCUGCAGCAAUAUCUUACUGGUGCUAUCUUCCAUUCUGAACAGGACGUCCUAAAUGAGAUCGAUCUGUUUUUGGACUUGCUGCCACCAUGUUUCUGGGCCGACGGUUUGAAAUACAGCCAAUGA